AUGGAGAGGUUAAUACCUGGCAGUGGAGUUUCAGAUGUUGCUUGGGAAGUGCAUGUUAUCGACUCCGAGGAACGCAACGCAUUCGUAUUACCUGGCGGAAAAGUCUUUGUAUACACUGGAAUUUUGCCAAUUACGAAGAAUGACGACGGAUUAGCUGCAGUCCUCGGUCAUGAAAUAGCACAUAAUGUCGCCCGCCAUCAAGCUGAACGACAGAGCAGCACAAUAUGGAUGUUUCCACUGCGCUGGACACUCUACAUGUUAGAUGCCAGUGGAUAUACUCUCGGUCUAGGUCGAUUCUUUGGCGAUCUCUUCCUUCAGUAUGGAAUUAUGCUGCCUGCUUCGAGAGAGCAAGAGAGUGAGGCAGACUACAUUGGAUUAUUGAUAAUGGCGAAGAGUUGUUAUAACCCAAGCGAAGCAGUUAAGGUGUGGGAGCGGAUGGAAGCCGCAAACAAAGAAGAUGCUAAUUUUCCGGAAUGGCUUUCUACCCACCCUUCAAAUGCGCACCGAAUAACUCAAAUGGAGAAGUGGUUGCAAAAAGCCGAAGAAGCACGAGAAGAGAGCGGAUGUGCUGUCUCGUUGCAUCAAUCUAGAGCAUUUCAAGAUGCCAUAAGGAGUUGGGUUGUGGGCGAUUGGACACGAUAA